AUGUAUGGACCGAAUGAAAUUGCGAAGGCUCGUCUGGAGUUACUCCGUCAUACAAACAUGAUUGGUUAUGCCAUCGACGUGUACAAGGAGCUGAACGGAACCGACGAAACACCUGCUGAGUUCAAAGGUCGAGAAGAAGGGAUCAAUCGCCAAUAUGAGGACUUCAAGGACAGCAAACUGUACGAAUGCAUGGAAAGCUGUCUGGAGAGCGAUUCCAUCCCUACGCUCUCUGAUGAUGAUCUGAAGGAGUUUUCUCUGACGCGAGAGGAUAUGGACAAGUCCUAUUCCCUCGCCCAAUUUAUCAUGAAUUGCGGAGACUACGAACUUGCUCUGAACCUUAUCUCCUUUUACAUUCAACAAAUUCCCGCGACAACGAGUGGCGAUCUCUUCCACGACCGCAUGCUGAACCUGCUGUGGGGUCGUCUGACCUGUGAGUCGUUGAUGAGUCUGGAUGACGGAAUGACCACUUUAAAAGAGCUGGAAGACGCCCUGGCCAACAUUGAAAAGGUCGCUUCGGCUGCUCAAGUGCUCCAAGAGCGAUCGUGGCUGGUUCACUACGGCCUCUUCUUGCUCAGCGGAAUGAAGAACGGAGAGGAUUUCUUCGUGCGAACGUUCUUCCGCAAAGAGUCGGUGUGGCAGCUGAACUCGAGUGUAGAUAUCUCGCCACGAUCGAGCUCAACGCUCCCUGGCUGCUUCGCUACCUCGUGGUCGUGUUUAUGA